AAGUUUUACAAACUAUCAUAAGCUAUAAAAGUGCCAUAGCUUGUCAGGAACCCCACUUCAUUUAUUAACAUAGAGUUAUACAAGUAGAACAUAUAUACAGGAUCGCAAAUUAGCAACUUCUCGUUAUCAAUAUUGCAGUGUUUUUCCUCUGCUGCCACUGAUCAUCAACAUCGUUUAUAUAAGUUCAUACAGAAAAAAGAUUGAAGGUUUUAAACUGUGAAAUUAAGACGCAGCAGCGAUGGCAGGAGGAAGUGGAGGAGGAAGAAGCUUGGAGGAAACACCUACAUGGGCCGUGGCGACUGUUUGCUUUGUGAUGAUCUUGAUUUCUAUAAUCAUCGAGCACAUCUUCCAUCUUACAGGAGAGUGGUUGAAGAAGAAGCACAAAAAAGCUCUGUACGAGUCACUUGAAAAGAUCAAAUCAGAGCUUAUGUUAUUGGGGUUCAUAUCGUUGCUUCUAACGGUUGGACAAAGUCCAAUAUCAAGGAUGUGUAUAUCAGAAAAGGUUGCAGAUUCAUGGCACCCCUGCAGCAAGGAGGAGGAGAACAACACGGAUUCUUCGGUGAGCGAUGAAGAAUCAGAACCGGAAAGCAGUGGCCGGAGACUACUGGCGGCGUUCGUUGGUUCGGGUAGGGAAAUUCCACGGCGUGUUUUGGCGGGAGGAGGAGGAAGUGACAAAUGUGGUGAGGGUAAAGUCCCGUUUGUGUCAUCGAAUGGUAUUAAUCAACUCCACAUAUUUAUCUUCGUGCUAGCUUGUUUUCAUGUGGUGUGCUGCAUUCUCACUAUGGCUCUGGGAAGAGCAAAGAUGAGAAAAUGGAAGCGAUGGGAAGAGGAAACCAAGACACCUGAGUACCAAUUUUCACAUGAUCCUGAGCGGUUCAGAUUUGCAAGGGACACCUCAUUUGGGAGAAGGCACUUGAGUUUUUGGACCCAAAAUCCUGUUCUCAUUUGGAUUGUUUGUUUCCUUAGGCAGUUUGUAUGGUCAGUACCUAAAGUUGAUUACUUGACCUUGAGACAUGGAUUUAUCAUGGCCCAUUUGUCUCCUCAGAGUCACUCCAAGUUUGAUUUUCGGAAAUAUAUAAAACGAUCGUUGGACGAGGAUUUUAAAGUUGUUGUAGGAAUCAGUCCUCCAUUAUGGUUCCUAGCAGUGUUGUUUCUCCUCUUCAACACUCAUGGGUGGAACUCUUAUCUAUGGCUGCCAUUCAUUCCUUUGAUUAUCAUCCUAGUAGUUGGGACUAAGUUACAGGUGAUCAUAACCAAGAUGGGCCUCAGCAUUCAUCAAAGAGGAGAGGUCCUGCAGGGCAUGCCAUUGGUGCAGCCAGGGGAUGACCUGUUCUGGUUUCAUCGGCCUAGGCUUGUUCUCCACCUCAUCAAUUUUGUGUUCUUUCAGAAUGCUUUCCAGCUUGCUUUUUUGACAUGGACUGCGCUUCAGUUUGGGAUAGAUUCAUGUUUCCACUCACGUAAAGCGGAUGUGAUUAUCAGAAUGUCAAUGGGGGUCUUGGUUCAAAUCCUUUGCAGCUACGUUACUCUUCCUCUCUAUGCUCUCGUGACUCAAAUGGGUUCAACGAUGAAGGCGAGCAUAUUUAACGAGAGAGUAGCGAUGGCGCUACGGAACUGGCACAAGACUGCGAAGAGGAACAUCAAACGGAACCGCGUAGGGUCGGUGACGCCAAUGUCAAGCAGAGGGACAACCCCGACCCACCCUAUGUCUCCAGUCCACCUCCUCCGCUUCUACCGUUCUGAAAUUGACAGCUUCCCCGCCUCUCCGGCAAAAAGAUCCAACUUCGACGAUACUGAUUCAGCCUCUGCUUCCAAUUCCCCCCACCACCAGCAGAUUGAAAUGGGUGACAUAAUUGAGAAUAAUGAUGGGAAUGAGAUUGUUGUCUCACACAGCAACAAGGAGUUCUCAUUUGAUAAAAGAACUACCAUUACGUAAGUAACACAUGUAAUGACUUCAGUAAAAAAAAGGGGAGAAAAGGGUGGUGGUGAUAUCGAUAUGAUGCUUGUUGUGAUCAUGGCUCAUGACAUAUUUGAUUUAUUAAAUCUUAUGAAAUUUAAUUUUAAUUUUUGUAUAAGGGAUAUUACUAAUUAUUGUGAUAAAUUGAGUAUUAUGUUUACAAAAUAGUGUCAUCAUUUGACUUUUAUUAAUUCCCUUGAUAAAUUGAGG